AUGGCCAGACGGACCUACACCCUGAAGUCACAAAAGAUUCAGGCCGUCGUCCACCAAAACAAAAACGCCCAGGAAAAGGAUCGGGACCUGAUCCUCAAGGUCAUGGGCACCUUGCCUUCCCCUCGAGAGGCUCGACAGUUCCUCUCAAAGUUCUCUCCUCCAGCAACCGCUUCAGCAACGAGCGCACCAGAGAUCAACAACAGCAACCAGGCUCCAGCUGCAUCAGAAGCCAAAUUUAUUGACAGUCUCCUCUGGCCGACCGACCAUCUGGCAUUGAUCAAGCUGGAGGGACCCUUCGACAAGGACAAACUCUCAGGAGUCGCCAACACGCUUGUUCAGAUGCAGAGAUUGGGACUCAUGAGUGUGGUCAUGCUGGAUAACCAGACUUGGUGGCAAAGCAAUGCAACUAAGGUCCCGACAGAUUCAGGGGUCAACCUGCAUCCUGCAGCCGAGACACGGCAGCGGAUGAUGAAAGACAUGAACGACAUUGUGGAGGAGAUUGAAUCCUCUGGUGGCAGGGCUCGACCCAUCUAUGAGUUCGUCUUUGAGGAGGAGAGGAAGGAGAAGACGACGGCGAACUCUCGGAUCAAAAAUGCAGGAGUGCAGCAGGAGGUGGUGGUGGUGGGAGAGAGCCGUGACAUUGAAGAGAUUUCGAUUCGGCCAGGGUUGGAAUCGUUGCAGUCAUGCCUCAAGUUACGACAAAUUCCGGUCAUGAUUCCGAUGGUGACCUCGGAAGACUGUCAGCGUUUGCCUGUCCAGAGCAACAGGGCAUUGGUGGCGCUUGCAAAGUACAUGGGACGGAUCGCGAAGAAGGACAAAUUCAUGGAUGCGACAGCUAACAUUUCAGGACAAGGACCUUCUCUGGUUCCCAUGCGACUGAUUGUCAUCAACUCCACAGGUGGCAUCCCUCUCACACGCACCAAUGGAAUCGCGGGACCAACGCAUUGCUUUGUAAACCUUAAGGACGAGUACGAGACCAUUCUCGACGAUCUGGACAACAUGGAUGGCAUCCCCGAACCCCUCGCCAAAUCUUAUCGGUCCGACCUCGACAUGAUUAAGGAGAGUCUAGAACAUUUGCCUCCGACCUGCUCGGCUCUCAUCACAUCCUCGCCCUCGUUGACCCUCAUCACCAACCUCAUCACCGACAAGCCCUUAUUCUCGUCGACCAUGAGGGGGCAGGAUCCCAAGGUCAUGCUCGCGACCACUGUCUUGCGGAGUGGUCUGGAUAUCUUUACCUUCCGUGACAGUCUGCAGGGUCUGGAUCUGAAGCGGCUGCAAGUCCUACUUGAAUCUAGUUUUGGGAAAUCCUUGGAUGCCGAGGGGUUCUAUGGCCGCAUUCAGGACAGGACAAAGACGGUCAUCCUGGCUGGAAAGGACUACAUGGGCGCCGCGAUCGUGACCCGGGAAGGUGGCGAUAAACGACCCGAGACUGGAAUUGACCGCGCCCUGGCUAGUGUGGCGUACUUGGACAAGUUCUCGGUGGCACCCAAGAGUCAGGGCAUUGGUGUCGCAGAUAUCCUCUGGAAGAAGUUGACAGAUGAGUUUCCGGACCUUGUCUGGCGUAGUCGAUCCGAUAAUCCUGUCAACAAAUGGUACUUUGACCGUGCAGACGGCAAUAUUAAGAUUCCAGGAACGAACUGGACAGUAUUUUGGUAUGGACCGAAAGGCUUGGGUCUCAUACGCGACUAUAUCCAUAUCUGCCGCGACAUCCCCGCAUCCUUUCUUCCUCCCAAACCCAAGCACCCCUAA